CGCGAGGCAGCCAGCCGCGAGCGCGGAAGGGAGUCUCUUUCAGGAGCUUGGAUACGGCCGUCCGGGCAGGGCCGCGAAGGAAGGGCGCCGGGGAGGAGCCGUAGCGCGGCGGCGGAGGAGGAGCCGCUGCAGCCCCAGCCUGCGUGCGUCAGGUCCUGCGGGCAACUCGGCAAAGUUCAGCGAAGGCAGGAAAGCGGCGCCUUUGAGGCGAGAGAAGAGGCGAGCCCAGCCCAGCCCGGAGCGAGGUCGGAGCGGGGGGCUUUCCCAGUCCUUGCUUUAGAGGGUGCGAAGGCAUCUCCCCGGGGGAAAAGUUUUUGGCGGGGCCGGGAGCGGACGGCUGGAUAGGAGGCGCGGGUCCCAUGGAGGGACGGGAGCUUCAGGAACAGCCGCCCGAGCCGGAGGGACGCCAAGGCGUGCAGCCCUGAGCGGCGGCGCACGGUUCCUGGAGUCUCCAUGGGUGCCGGCGGCGUGCUUUAGGGAGGCAGGCGGGCGCCCGACUCGAUGCCGUCAUGGCCAAAUGGCUGAACAAAUACUUUAGCCUGGGCAAUAACAAGACCAAGAGCCCUCCGCAACCGCCCCGUCCGGACUAUCGGGACAAGCGGAACGGCACGGCGGGAGCGGGAGGCGGAGGGCAUCACAACCACAACCACAACCAUCACCACCAUCACCACCACCACCACACGUCGCCGUGCUUCCCGCGCCACGACACCAGCGACCUGCUCCGCGCCUACCGCGCUCAGAAGGAGCGCGACUUCGAGGACCCUUACAGCGGGCCGGGCUCAUCGCUGCGCAAGCUGAGAGCGCUCUGCCGACCCGAGUAUUGUGCGCCGGAGGAGCUGCUGGUGGAGUCGGCCGGUCCCAAACCCUUCUCGUCCUCGUCCUGCUGCGGAGGCGGCGGCAGCGGCGGCGGAGGAGGCAGCAGCGGCGGGAGCAGCGCCGCCGUCGCCUCUGCCCCCACCCCCACGGCUUCGCCUCAGCUCUUCCGCAGCCACAGCGAACGCCGCGCUGCCACCCCGCCCGACUCCGCGUCGGUCAAGUACAUUUCCCCCAAGCACCGGCUGAUCAAAAUAGAAAGCAACGAAGGUGGUAAGGGCGGCAGCGGCGUCCCCAUCACCUGGAGCCCGCCGGGAAUUGGCGGAGCCGGACAGAAGAAGCUCAACAAGUGUAGCGAACAAGGGGAGGGCGGCGGUGGCAGCGUCUCUUUAACCAAAAAGGAGAAAGUUUUAAUAGCUGAUGACUAUUCUGACCCAUUUGAUGCCAAGAGUGAAAUCAAUAAAAUGGGCAAAGGAGAAAACACUGGCUAUAUGGAGCCAUAUGAAGCUCAGAGGAUCAUGACAGAGUUACAGAGGCAAGACAAUGUGAAGCCCCAGCAAAAAGACAUCCAGCUGUAUGACACACCUUACGAACCUGAAGGCAACUGUGUGGAAUCUGAUUCAGAAAGUGCUGUGAGUCAACGCCUGAGAGAGAGCAAGUUGCCACAGGAUGAUGAUAGGCCUGCAGAUGAGUAUGACCAACCAUGGGAAUGGAAUAAGGUCACCAUUCCUGCUUUGGCAGCCCAGUUCAACGGGGGAGAGAUAAGGCAAUCUUCACCUUCCCCAUCUUCAAGUGAUCGGCGCCGACAGCUUCGGGCACCUGGGGGAGGCUUCAAACCCAUCAAACAUGGUAGCCCAGAAUUCUGUGGAAUCUUGGGGGAGAGAGUGGAUCCGACUAUUCCACUGGAAAAACAGAUAUGGUAUCAUGGAGCAAUCAGUCGGACAGAUGCAGAAAACCUCUUGCGCUUGUGUAAAGAAUGUAGUUAUCUGGUGAGGAACAGCCAAACAAGCAAGCAUGACUAUUCACUUUCUUUAAAGAGUAACCAAGGGUUUAUGCACAUGAAGUUGGCAAAGACCAAAGAGAAGUAUAUUUUGGGUCAGAACAGCCCUCCUUUUGACAGCGUGCCUGAGGUUAUUCACUACUACACUGCAAAGAAACUGCCUAUCAAAGGAGCUGAACAUUUGUCCCUCCUGUACCCUGUAGCUGUCCGGACCUUAUAAUUGUUCUACGCUCGCUCCUUCCUGUGGAUUGGAGAUUGAAGGCUGCAGCAGCAGAAGGAUCCCUGCAUUGGCAGCAUUUCUUGGAAACAGAGGACCCCUUUCGGUCUUUCCAGAAACAGACUGUUGUAUAGUAGUAUGAGUGGAAUUGUUGCACUACUUUGCAUGUCCUGUGUGGAAACGUUGGCUUCUAUUUAUAUGAGAGAAAAUGGAUUCAGACAUACAAGAAGAAAUGCCUCUUUUUACAGAAAUCCCACCCUCCCAUGCUCCCAGGAAUGGAAAUCUUGCCAAACCCAAAGAAAGCUCUUGAAAACUUUCUGCCUGUGGGCCCACAACGUGCUCCCUUCCUAGCUAUAUUUGUGGGGAGGGGAGAAUACAUUCAGACCGAAUCUGCAAAUGGACACAUUCCCUUCUGGGAGCGGAGUGGAAGGGGAGAAAAGAAAACUGGGUUUGCUACACACUCCAGACUUGGGAAUUACUUAUUACACACUCAACCCCAGAUUUGUGAUAUUGUUUUCAUGCGCAAAUUAACCCAACAUAAAGACGCCCCUCCCCCCUUUUUUGUCUUAAUGAGGAUGUCAUUUUAAAGAUCUCAAUGAGUAAUUUUGCUAUGGCAGAAAGUGUUUGGUUAUUUAUGAAUAGGGUAUGUACUUAAAUAGUGGUUUAAUAUAUAAACAUAUAUAAAUAUAUUUUUAUUCCCCUCUCCUUGUGCGGGGGGAGGGGUACAACAAUAAAGCUCUAAGGGUU